UAAAAUAAAAAUAAAAAUAAAAUACGGCGUUUUAUCAAAACAAAAACCGUCCACUAAGUCAUACUGAACUUCACUGAAUGGGAGAGCAGAGAGCCUCCAAACUUCACAGGCCCGUCCCCGGUGGGCGUGCGUAACGGCCACAGCCCYUCUGUAAAUAUAACUCCCCUUCAAAACAGAAGGAGAAAAAAGAGAGGAGGGAAUUCUUGCCUAAUCAAAAGCAACCUGAAAAGUGAUCAAGGAAGAUUUUUUUUCCCCUUCCCGGAUAUACCGCGUCUCUUAGACGGUUUUGAUCCAUUUUGUGGCCCCGGGUGGUGCUGGUGAAGCGCGCAGCAGGGGAGGCGCAUUGUUUGCAUGCAAACUGGACGACAUGGCCAUUGUGUGCGUUUAGGCAUAUAUGGAGCCGCCGUUGGCUCGGAGGACACAGCCCAUCUGAAGUCUCAGGGAGAGUUAUCCUCGGCUGUUUCCUGCCAGUUUCUCUCCUCUGACUCUGUUUCCUUCCACACUGAUCGGCUCUGUCGCUAUGAGUUGUUUGGAUGUGAUGUACCACCAAAGCUAUGGAGCGCCCUACCUCCCCGCAGCGGCGUACAAGGCGACGCACUGCAACCACCAGCAACAGAAGAAGCUGAACGUUUAUGGUAAGAYGCAGGAGUGCAUGGAGCAGCAACUGCAAGGAGGAGGGAAAGGAAUGCUGCCCCGGGAUCAGGGYUCUGCUGCAACAGGUGCUGAAUCGGGGCGUAGAGCCUCGUCGGUUUCAGAGCUGAAGGACGGCGCUCAGCCCGCCGAGGCCGAAUACUUGAGCUCAAGCUGCGUGCUGUUCACCUACUUUAAAGGCGACAUCGGGGAUGUGGUGGACGAGCAUUUCUCUCGUGCUCUCAGCCAGGCCAGCGUCUUCGCCAGCGAGGCCAAGCCGAUCAGAGUGACUCAGCCAUCUGCUUCAAACGUAUGGAAAGAUGGUGGUUCCCUCUCUGAAGGUCAGAGCAGCUCAGCUUGGAACGGCGCCUUUCCAUCACAGGCCAGCCCCAGCCUCCCUUCCGUUUCUGUCUCGGUCCACCCGGAGUUCUCCUCCAGCCCCGUUUCCUUCAGCCACCCAGACGGAGCCCUGUGGGCCGGGCACAGGAUCUCCCAGGCCGGCAUCCCACCCGCCGCCACCCUGCCCGACAGCUGGACCUACAGCCUGAGCCCCCAGAGCCCGAGCAGCUACUCCCACGACGUCUACCAUCCUCACCCGCGCGCCCACCCCCACCUCCACGCGAGACACCACCACUCCAUGCUGCACCCAUACCCGGCCCACAGCCCGGUGCUGGAUCCCAGGUUCAACGCGUUGCUGUUGCCCGGAGUCAGAAGUCAAAGCCAGGUCCCAGGAAGCACAGGAAGCUCCCCGCUCAGCGAGGGGGGCAAAACAGAGAUGGAUCUCAGCAGCAGCAGCCCCGUCACAGCGACCCCUGUCCCCUGGACCCCUCCGGCACUGCAUGGAUCUUUGGAGGUCUAUGACUCAGCAAUUGACCAGACCAAAGCAAAGACAUCAGUUUGGUUCUAACUGGUGAACUCAAGGCAGAAUAUCAGCUCAUACCAAAAAGGACUUUUUUAUGAAACUUUAAUAAUGUAUGGCUGAAUGUCAGCACUGUAUUGAAAAAAAAAACUUUAGACAUAGUAUGCUAACUGUAGCUUGGUCCAUGUUUCCUCRUGAUCAUUACAGAAAUGAACUCAGGCUUGGACUUUUAGGGUAGUGAUGCGUUGACUUCCUGUUAAAACCCUGAACAGACUACUAGCUUUAAAAAUAAACAACUUUUUUUUUGGAUGGCACAUUUUUUUUCUCUCUCUCAUUGUGAGACAAAGCGGUUCUGUUUAAAGAGCUUGACUUUGAUCCACAGUUUGUUUUGUACAGUAAAUGUUUGUUAUUUACAGUAAAUUGUCUGCUGUUUGUGUUUUAUUACGUCAAACUGUUGUUUUGCUAAAACGAUUUUUCGCUAAAAUGCUGCCUGUCCCAUUUCGCCUUCGGGAAAAGCUUUGUGUAAAUCCUGUUGCUGUAUGUUGAAGAAAUAAAUUAAUUAAAAACCUU